AUGGUUGAUUUAAUACUAAUAAGUUUAAUAACAAUUUUAUUAGGUUUUAUAUUAAUAUUGUUAAUUUACUUCUUUCAAUCUGGUGGUAUAAAUGCAAUUAAAUCUUCAAAUAAAUCUCCUUAUUUUAAACCAAGUUUUUUAAUUUUAGGUGCUAAUAAUUCUGGUAAAACUUUAUAUUUUUAUAAUUUACAACAAAAUGAUAUAAAUAUAAAUCAAACUAUUUCGUCAAUUGAUCCAAAUUUUAAAGAGUUCAUUUUACCAUUUUCAAAUCCUGCAAUUGGUAAAAAAUUUCAAUUUGUUGAUUAUCCUGGUCAUUUAAAAUAUCAAAAUUUAUUUAAGAAUUUAUUAAUUAAUGAUAUUACUUUAAAUAAUAUUAAAGGUAUAAUUUAUAUGAUUGAUUCUUCAAAUCUGAAUUGGUCAGAUCCAAUUAACGUUGAAAAUAUUGUUAAGUAUUUAUAUAAUUUAUUAUCAAUUACUGAAAGAAAACCAAAUGGUGUUGAUUUUUUAUUUGCAAUUAAUAAAUCUGAUUUAUUUGAUUCUUUGCCACCACAUAAAAUUAAAAAAAUUUUGGAAAAAGAAUUGGGAAAAUUAAUUAAAAAUGAAAUUACAAAUGUAAAUAAAAAUUCUGAUUUAGAUAAAAAAUCAGAUUUUAUCAAUAAUGAUGAUGAAGAUGUAAAUAAUAAUGAUACUCUUAGAGAGUUUUGGCUUGGAAUAAUUGGCUCAUCUGAUGCCGAAUUUACUUUUGAUAAGUUGGAAGGUAAUAUGGAUUUUAUUUCAGGAAGUGUUUUGAAGAAUAAAAUUAGUCAAUGGGAAAAUUGGUUAGAUGAAAGAGUUGUAAAUAGUUCAUAA